UCAGCGCGCAGGCGCAGAGCGCGCGGCGGCGGAGGCGAAGGCGGAGGCGCGUGGGGUCGGCGCGCGCGGUUCGCGGGGCUCUUCGGGCAGCCGGCGGCCGGGGCGCCCGGGGCGCGGCGUCAUGUCCGACAACGAGGACAACUUCGAUGGCGACGACUUCGAUGACGUGGAGGAGGACGAGGGGCUCGAUGACCUGGAGAAUGCUGAGGAGGAGGGCCAGGAGAACGUGGAGAUCCUCCCCUCGGGCGAGCGCCCGCAGGCCAACCAGAAGCGCAUCACCACGCCCUACAUGACCAAGUACGAGCGUGCCCGCGUGCUGGGCACCCGCGCCCUGCAGAUCGCGAUGUGCGCCCCCGUGAUGGUGGAGCUGGAGGGGGAGACCGACCCCCUGCUCAUCGCCAUGAAGGAGCUCAAGGCCCGCAAGAUCCCCAUCAUCAUCCGCCGGUACCUGCCGGACGGGAGCUACGAGGACUGGGGCGUGGACGAGCUCAUCAUCACGGACUGAGCCCCCUGCCCAGAAUAAACCGUUUCUUCCCCA